AUGGCGAACAUUACUCUCCAACCAGCGACGCAUGAUGAGAUCCCCACGAUCGUGGACUUCAUAACAAAGGCCCGAGCGGACAUGUUCCCAUUUCUCGACCAAUCAUCCAGCGAUCAAAUGGCCCAGAAAGAGCUCGACAUUUUCAAGGACAGAUAUCUUGAUCAUCCUCACGGCGCUUUCUUAACAGCGUAUUCGGAAGGUCGUCUGAUAGCGACGAUUGGAUAUGUUGCUUAUGAUGACCGUUUCUCACAUAUCACUCUCGAGCCUGAAAAUGUUGUCGAGAUACUGAGAUUAUACGUUGAGCCUGAAUGGCGUCGCGCAGGAGUAGCUUCCAAAUUGUUGGACACGCUAGUCGAGACCGCCCGGCAAUCUGGCAUCAAGCAACUCUAUCUCCAUACGCAUCCGUUCUUACCGAACGCGAUCAAUUUCUGGAAACGAAAAGGGUUCUCGAUCAUUACGGUGGAUGAGGAUCCAGUAUGGCAAACGACGCAUAUGAAACGGUCGUUCCAGGACUGA